AUGUUGUGUGUGGUGUACCUUUCCCUGCGCAGGACUGUCGCAGAUCAGCGCCCACCGGCGCCACCUGAGAUGCAGGCGCGUCACAGCUUCUGGUGGCAUCUCCUCAUAGACCUGCCCAUCCUCCUUUUAGUUGCGGCAGUAUGCAUACUCCUGGAGGUCGGUGCGCUGCCCAGCAGGCGCGCUGGCUUCUGGUGCAACGACCCGGAACUGUCCUACCCCCACACGGGAGACACGUUCUCCAUUUCGUUGGUCGCCACCAUCACCGUCAUCAUCCCGUUCAUUGUCAUGUGGGCAGUGGAGACAAUCCUCCACCAAGACGACGAAUACACAAUGAAGAAAAGCAAACUUGUUGCCAGCGCGAAAACUGCCUCUCUGCUGUACAGAGACUACAUUUACGGGUCUGUGGUGAACUUGACCAUACUGGAGGUUGUGAAAUGCGUGGUCGGAUCGCCGAGGCCCACGUUUUUCGACUUGUGCCAGCCGGACAAAGCGAAGACGUGCAACAAUUCGGAGUACGUUAGCAGCUACGUUUGCACGUCGACGAAAUACUCAAGAUAUCUGCAGAUUGACUCCAGCCGGAGUUUUCCAUCUGCCCAUGCCUCACUCUCAAUCUACUGUGGCCUCUUCAUAGCUUGGUACCUCCAAAGGCGUGCGUUCAGCUGGCACAACCGCUCUGUGCUGAUUGUGCCCAUCCUGCAAGUGUUGAGCUUGACCUACGCGACCGUCUGUCCGCUAUCCAGGCUGACGGACCACCGUCACCACUGGUGGGACGUCCUAGCGGGCGCCGUCAUGGGUUUCUUCAGCGUUUUGUAUACGGUGCUGGUUCUGUGCAAAAACUUCUCGCGGCCUUCGGUGGUCAGCACUAGCGACAUCUCGAGCAGCGAUGGCAACAACCACCAGUCGGUUCGGCGGCUGCUGGCCAGCGGGACGAGGGUGGCGGUGCCC